UGUGUUGUGUGAUUGCUGGCUGUGUACAUCCCGUCCUGUAGCUCCCUGCCGUCUGUCCUCCUCACUGCUGGUGAAUUAACCCUGCGUGACGUACAACUGCCCCUGAUCUGCCGCAGGAUCCAAUGCCACCAUGUCCCUGAGGAGGAACACAGGAGACCCCCAGGCCAGCGAAGCCCAGAGAAGCAAUUCAGGCACUGCGAAUGACCAGCUCAUUGCGGCCUCCAUUGGGAAUGUGGCCUGGCUGCAGCUUUCUAUAAACACAGCGGAGUCGCAGCUCAAGACAGACAAAGAGGGAUUUACAGCGUUGCACAUGGCCGCUCUUCAUGCUCAGCUCCAGUGCUUGCAGCUGCUCAUUGAGGGACACAAGAUGGACGUGAACUUUCCCAGCAGGCUUGGAUUGAGACCUCUGCACUUGGUUUUAAAUCGAAAAAAUGGCGUCCGGACGCUGGCGUGUGUGCGGUAUUUAUUACAGCAAGGAGCUGAUGUGAAUGCACAAUGCAAGAACAACGUGACUGCUCUUCACAAAGCAGCCACUGAGGGUCUGGAGGAUUGCAUGGCGGUCUUGGUGGAAGCCGGAGCAGAUGUCCACGCUAAGGAUUCUGAGGGAAAAAAACCCAUUGACUUAUGCAAGGUCUGGUGUAAUCGAUCCUGUGCCAGGUACCUCAGCCACAUCAUGUGGAAGAGAGACAAGAAGGACUUUGCUCUCGAAAUUAAAAAGGUGGAAAAACUGAAAAGAACCAUACAGGAAAAAGAGAAAGAGCGCUCAUUCAGUGUGAAGAAGUUGCAGAAACCCCACACGAUGCGUCAUGCCAGCAGUUCUGUGAAUAACAUUAGACUGCCAGAACAUCGAGGUGGCACAAAUACCGCAUCUUCAUACAACGGCAACAUCAGAGAAGAGGGAACAAAACCUACGACCAGGAGGAAAGAAGCAUCACACAGCAUAGAGAGAGAACAUUCUCAUACGUCCCAGACCUGUGACUGGAACCCAAGCACCAACCCUUCCAUGUCACCAGUCACAAAUAUUUACAGGAUUCAUGCGCUGCGGCUGGGCACGCAUCCAGAAGACGUUGGGAAAGCAGACUUCAGCUCCAGCGUUAUGCUGACCAAAAAUAAUCAGGAGCAACCACAAAUCAGGACAAUUGCAGGAGAAAUCCUCUCUCAGCCGAAACUGCCCUAUGAGACUAUCCAGAGGAGUCUGUUCCCUACGAGGGGCCCCCAGGAUAGGGUCCGCAUGCCACAGGAUUUCAGGGCCCGCCACGUGUUUGAUGUGCAGAGUAGGCAGCAGCCGCCAGAGGUACAAAGGCUCGACUCCGAAAUCUCUUUUCACCUGCGACAAAACCUGGACCCGAAGACCAGGGAAUGGCAGAGUCACUGCCACCCGUCAGCUGCUCAUCUCCAACCCACACCCUAGAUGACCGACUUUACAUCGCAUACCCGCCAAUGUGAGGCCAAAGUGUUAUGUUAUGUAUGACAAUAUGGCCCAGAAGGAAUUAUCCUACACCAUAUACAAUGUAAAUCUGGAUGGUUUAACAUUAAUAAAGACACUGCAGUGAAAGUA